GGAAGCAUCUGGAGGUCAAAGGUAGAACUCAAGAUGGCGGCGGAGGUGCAGCAGGAGGAAGCCAACGCCGCCGAGGCGGUGAAGUCCUUCAAGGAGCUGGGUGUGACGGAGGUGCUGUGUGAAGCCUGUGAUCAGUUGGGAUGGAAGAGUCCAACAAAGAUCCAAGUGGAAUCUGUUCCACUUGCACUUCAAGGCCGGGACAUCAUUGGCUUAGCAGAGACAGGAUCUGGGAAAACAGGGGCGUUUGCAUUGCCCAUCCUGCAGGCCCUCCUAGAGACCCCUCAGCGCUUCUUUGCUUUGGUGCUUACACCAACCAGGGAGUUAGCCUUCCAGAUUUCAGAGCAGUUUGAGGCUCUUGGAUCGUCCAUUGGUGUUCAGACUGCUGUGAUCGUUGGAGGAAUUGACAUGAUGGCUCAGUCUCUGGCCUUGGCUAAGAAGCCACACGUGAUUAUUGCUACCCCUGGCCGCCUUAUUGAUCACCUUGAGAACACAAAGGGUUUCAACUUGAGAGCUCUGAAGUAUCUGGUGAUGGAUGAAGCUGACCGUAUCCUCAAUAUGGACUUUGAGACAGAGGUAGACAAGAUCCUGAAAGUAAUUCCCAGAGACAGGAAGACAUUUCUCUUUUCUGCUACAAUGACUAAAAAGGUGCAAAAACUCCAACGGGCAGCUCUUAAGGACCCUGUUAAGUGCGCAGUUUCAUCUAAGUACCAGACCGUUGAAAAACUUCAGCAGUACUAUGUUUUUAUUCCUUCAAAAUUCAAGGACAGUUACCUUGUUUAUAUUCUCAAUGAACUUGCCGGGAACUCCUUCAUGAUAUUCUGCAGCACGUGCAACAAUACCCAGCGGACUGCUCUUCUUCUUCGCAAUCUGGGCUUCACAGCCAUCCCUCUCCAUGGACAGAUGAACCAGAAUAAGAGACUAGGGUCACUGAACAAGUUCAAAGCCAAAGCACGUUCCGUUCUCUUGGCAACAGAUGUUGCUAGCAGAGGCCUGGACAUUCCCCAUGUGGAUGUAGUGAUAAACUUUGACAUUCCUACCCAUUCCAAGGAUUACAUUCAUAGGGUGGGAAGAACAGCUCGGGCUGGACGCUCUGGGAAAUCAAUCACCUUUGUCACACAGUACGAUGUUGAGCUUUUCCAGCGUAUUGAGCACCUGAUUGGCAAGAAGCUUCCUGCCUUCCCCACGCAAGAGGAUGAAGUCAUGAUGCUGACAGAACGUGUGGCGGAAGCACAGAGAUUUGCUCGCAUGGAGUUGCAGCAAAAGGGGGAGAAGAAGCGCUCCCGAGAAGAGGCGAAUGAACCUGAUGAUGCAGAAGGUGCUUUGGGUGUCAGGAACAAAGUUACUGGUGGGAAAAAGAAGAAAAGGAAACUCUGAGAAAAAUAAUUACACCAGACUUUAUCUGCUCACGUUGUUUAAGUGACUUAGAUUCUGGGAGUCAUCCGUUCAUCACCAAUAUCAGACCGAACUUUUUGUGCCUGCUCAAAAAGCAAGAUGUUUCUUGCACCAACAGCACCUUGACAAAUGUGACUGUCCAGUCUCCCAAAUAUAAACCAGAAAUUAUUUUAUUGUCAUCCUGGCAUUCUGUGCCAAAUCUUGCAGAUGCCUCUUACUUCUACAGCCUGGAGUUCCUUUACCUACCAGAAGGUGGCAGCAGACAACAGGUUUUAAAGGCUUUUCUCUACAGUGGAAUUGAAUACAAAAGACUAUUUCCAGCAUGCUUCCAGCAAGUGAUGAAGAGAGAUUUCUACAAACCUUGUUUCUUGAAAAAAGAGAACUGUCAAAAAUAAAAAUAGCAUAUCAUGCUGCUGUGAAGAAUAAAUAUAUUUGCUUUUUAAAAA